AUGGCUAGCCCUACUGUUCUUACCUUUGAUGCUGAGGGGCGCGCAGUUGACUUUGACGUGUGGGUUGACGACCUGCAGCUCUUUCUUCAGUGUGACUCUAGGGACGCGGUAUCCCUUUUCGAUCACACGUCCGGAGUCUCUACUGCACCUGCUGCCACUACUGAUAGUACGGUUCGCUCGCAGUGGACCACUCAUGACGCUGUUGCUCGCCUUGCUGUUCGUAGUCACCUGCCGUCUGCUGAGCGCGUGCACUUUGGCCAGUACAAGACUGCUCAGUCUUUGUACGACGCUGUAGUAGCGCGCUACUCCUCCCCUUCCACUGCUGCCCUCAGCCGCCUCAUACUACCAUACCUGUUCCCUGACCUUGCCACUUUUGCCACAGUUGCUGACCUCAUUACUCACCUCCGCACUAGUGACGCCCGCUACCGAGCUGCGCUUCCCACUGAGUUCUGUGCCAAGAACCCACCCCCCAUGUACAUCACACUUUACUACCUAGUCACCCGCCUCCCUGACUCCCUUGCUUCAGUCAGGGACCACUUUCUCUCCCUUUGCCCCACCGAGCUCACUAUUGACCUGCUAGAGGAGUGCCUCACUGCAGCUGAGAAGAGUAUCUUUGUUGUAGGUGCUUCUCGCGGCAACCCUCGCGCCCCUUUCUUUGAGGGGUGUUCCCCUGUCCCCCUUCUCCCCUCUGUUGCUUCUGCUGCUGCUGUCAACCUCGUUGGCAUUGAGGAGGUCGGGGCUGCGUCUGCUCCUAGUGGGAGGCGCCGCAAUAGCAAGGGCAAGGGGGGCAAGGGUGGUGGAGGGGACGGUGGGGGCGGCGGUGGAGGCGAUGGAAGAGGCGGAGGGGGUGGCGGUGGAGGUGGGGGUGGUGGCGGGAGUGGGGGCUUCGGUGACGGCGGUGGGGGUGGUGGAGGCAGCGGCAGCGGUGGUGGAGGUGGCGGCAGCGGUGGUGCUGGUCGCGGUGGAGCCGCGCAGCAUGGAGGCUUUGGUGGUAGCCAGCGCCAGCAGCAGCCGCGUUCCCGUGAGACCCGCCGGCUCAGCAGCUUCGUGAGUGGUACGCUGGGCGUGGGAGGUCUAGGGGUGUUGGUCCCUGCACUUACGUUCUUCGAACCGGCGGGCGCCGUGGGGAGACGCAUUGAGGCUGCUGCUCUGGGUGCUAGUGAGUCUACUGCUCCAGGUACUAGUGAGUCUGCUGCUCCAGGUGCUGGUGAGUCUGCUCUCUCUAGUACUGCACCUACUGAGGCCUUGCACACUUUCACACUUGACUCUGGUGCUUCGCGCUCCUUCUUUCGCGGCAGCACCACACUCACGCCGCUCAGUCGGCCUGUCGCAGUCUCCCUGGCUGACCCCUCUGGGGGCCCAGUCUUUGCGCACUCUUCCACGGUUCUACCGUGUCCUGCGGCCCCGUCGGGCUUGCUGUCGGGACUCCACCUCCCCUCGUUCUCUACGAACUUGGUGAGUGGAGCUGACCUCCAGGACGUGUGGGUUGACCAGUUCACCCCUGGAG